AUGAUGCAAUCAACUUUCAGACCCGAAGGCGAGAUUCAGACUUCUGUUGAUCCAGGACCUAUGGACUACAAUAGUAUCAUGACCCGCGGAUAUCCCUUCGUACCCGUCAAGCGCGUCGACGUCAACGACCCUGACGUUAACCUCGAAUACGAGGUCCAAUCACUAUGUGUUGACAACGGCGAGCCCGUUGUGAUAGAGGGCUUUCACCAGCAGGAAAAAUGGAAUGCAGGUCUUUUCACUUUUCCAUAUCUUCAAACCAAAUUUGGACACCAGAAAAUCCUCUGUCGCGAUCUGCACAACGCCGACGACGUCGACUUGACGAUGGCACAGUAUAUCGAAACUGUGCAUGGCGACACUGUAGACCGCGACUUUACCUCCUCAUCAAUUCCCCCCCACCCCUCAAUACCCGGCAAUCAGGGCACUCUUCCGCCACGCAAGCCACUCAUAUACGCCAAGGACCUAACAUGUCCUCCAACGUGGCGCAACUUCCUCAUGAAUGGUGGCCUACCUCCAUUUCUAGCCUACAUGCGCGAAAACGAUUUGAACAACUUGAAUACACAACUUGCAGCCGAGAACCUGAUGGUCUACAUCGGACAAGCUGGCACCUGGACGCCAGCUCACAUCGAUCAAUGCGGAGCUAUUGGGCACAACAUCAUGACAUGGGCUGACAAAGAUUCAUCGUCAAUCUGGUUCAUGAUCAGAUCGAAAGACAAGAAAAAGGCAGAAGAGCUUUGGAGCAGCUUUAAUCAGCCUUUGGACUACGAGGGCUACUUUGCAGGUUUGGAUGAGCUGCAGCAGGCAAAGUUUCCGAUCUAUGUUGUGCAGCAAAAGAUCGGUGACUUUGUCAUGGUCCCCUCACGAUGCGUGCAUCAAGUCAUCAACCUUGGCAAAGCUACAAUCAAGGUAUCAUGGAACCGUCUUACGCCGAAUUGUUUGAAGGCAGCUAUGACUUCGGUCCUUCCAAGAUACAGACAGAUCGGUCGCCCGGAGGGAUACCGGAUCAAAUUGAUCAUCGAAAGCACCAUGAAGGCAUGGACGGAGAAGCUGGAGACUCAGGAAGAUGAUUUCGGGAUGCCAAAGAACAAUUUCAGUAAAGCGUUCAAGGAGGUCCUGAAGCUCUACAGGAGCAUUGUCGAGGAAGAAUGGGUGGAUUUGCAUGCCAUGGGAUCGGCCUGCGAGCCUUUUGAGCGACCAAAGCGGUUGAAGGAAAGCCAGCAUAGUCAGCCAGCAAUCUGUGAUUUCUGCCGGGCCGAUAUCUGGAACAGACAGUUUCAGUGCCGCGAGUGUGUCAAUGGCGAGGACGCCUACGAUCUCUGCGCGCAAUGCUAUAGUCUCGGACGGGGUUGCGAGCACAGAGGAGAACAGAUGGACUUUGUCGAGAACUUUUCGAUGGAAUCGUGCCGAUUGGCGUAUUGUCGGGCUCUUGCUGCAUGGAACCGGUCGAAGGCAUUGUCUGGCUGUCUGAGUCAUGAACCCAUCACUGAUACCUGGUUUGAAAGGUACGUUUUCCACUUUAGUAGCGUUGUUUGA